AUGAAGAUUAAAGUUGCAUUAUUGCAAUUAAACCCAAGAAUUGGUCAAAUAAAUACAAAUAUAUCCCAUGUUAAAUCAUUAUUAAACAAAAUAACAUCACCUGUUGAUUUAAUAGUACUUCCAGAAUUAGCAAUAACUGGGUAUAAUUUCACUGAUCCAUCCCAUAUCAAACCAUAUUUAGAAUCAACUAAAAAUUAUGGUCCUUCAUUAAAUUUAGCUAAAGAAAUAAGUGAGAAAUAUCAAUGUCUAACAUUUAUUGGAUAUCCUGAGAUAGCUCAAGAAAACACUAUAUAUAAUAGUUGUGCAGUAUUUAAUGGAUCAGGAAAAUUGAUUUAUAAUUAUAGGAAAACUUUUUUAUAUGAAACUGAUGAAAAAUGGGGUAGUUCAGAAAAUCCAAUUAAAGGAUUCCCAAGUAUUGAAUUAGAUUUCAACAAGAAUGGUCAAUCAAAAAAGAUUAUUUCAAAUAUUGGUAUUUGUAUGGAUUUAAAUCCUUAUAAAUUUGAAGCUCCAUUUAAUCACUUUGAAUUUAGUUUAAGUUCAUAUACUCAAAAGGCUAAAUUAUUGAUAUGUCCUAUGAAUUGGUUACAUCCAAAAUCACCUUCUUUGAAAACAGAAUUAUCAUUCUCUAAAAGAGUUGAAUUAGCAGAGAAUUUGGAAUUGGAACAAGAUAAACCCGAAUGGACCACUGUUAAUUAUUGGGUAUUAAGAUUAUUUCCCUAUGUUAAUCAUGAACAUAGUAUAGUACCUAAAUGGUUUAAUAAUGAAGAGAAAGUUACAGCUAUAUGUUGUAAUAGAGUUGGUGUUGAAGAUGAUGUUAUUUAUGGAGGUAGCAGUAGUAUUAUACAAUUUGGAAAUAAUGGGAAUUAUCAAGAUCCAUCAACCGGUGUUGAUAAUGAGAAUGUUAACCUACUAGGUUCAUUAUCUGAACUGAAAGAGGAUAUCUUAAUUAGAGAAAUAGAUAUAUAG